AAACGAUCGUAGACUGAGCAACGUCUUGCAGCGGCGGUCCGCGAAUUUUGUAUCUGUGUGAGUGAGUCGUUAGAGUGUGUGUGUUUGCUUCUGCCAGAAUCGGACGGGUGACGGGGAUGAGCGGAUGAUGGCCAAUGACGAAUGAGCCGUGUCCCCCAGAACCAGCAAUCGAAAAUCAAAAAUCGAAAAAUAAAAAAUCAAAAAGCGAAUCUUUAGCCUCGAAACUCGAUAAACUAGCUGCGUGCUGCAGAAUACCCGUAAAUUCCAGCCAAAGUGAAAUUAGAAGUGGAAAAGAAAAGUGACAAUCUUAACUGGUUGGUUGCCCCAAAACCAGUCGGAAGCUGCAAACAAAAAUACACAAAACAACAACAACAACAGCAACCAGAAAAAAAAGGCACAAAGGUGGAAACUUAGAUCCCCAAGCAUGUAUCGGCCAAAUUUCUACGAGUCGACUUGCCUGCGCUGUAGCGAGACUGUCUAUCAGGUAGAUCGCGUGGGUCCGCUCAAGGAUUUCACAUUCUUCCAUUCCGGUUGCUUCAAAUGCGUACACUGUGGCACCAAGCUGACGCUCAAGACAUAUUUCAAUAAUCAGCACAAGCAGGAUGACAAAGAGGUCUAUUGCAGUUCACAUGUACCAAAGAGCGGACCCGGCCAUCUAGACCAGACCUCGGUGGGUAUUCGUCAGGCCCUGAAUGCGCCGCGUACCAACAAAUUCGUGAACGAGCAGAUACGGGGAACGCGCAGCGAGAUCGAUGGUGGCCCUCUGGGGGGCUCUCGCCAGUCCACACCAAAUGGCUAUGGCGGCCGUGACGUCAGCUCUCCGUCUCAAAACGAUUCCGACUACAAAUACGGACGGUUCGACGCCAGUGCCCUGCACAUCGCCCACGCCCUCAAGCAGACUGAGAUCCAGAAGGCCUACAACAAGGCUCGGGAGAAGCCGAUCGACUUUUACCUGGCUCGCGAGGAGCAGGCACGCCUCGAGAUGAAACACCGCAAGGAGGAGGAUGACCUGUACCGGAAGUUCGCACGCAAGCGUGAGGAGGAGGAUCGCAAGAUCCAAGACGAGUUCCAGGACGAAUGGGAACGCGAGCUGCAGCGGCUCACCCACAAGUUUGAGAAGGAGCUGGCCACCUCACGCCGGAGUCGCGACGAGGCGAAUAUCCUGACCCUGCGCCAUGAGCAGCAGAAGGAGGAUCUGGAGAAGAACAUGACGCUGCGGCGCAGCAAGAAGAAGGAGAGCAUCACCCGGAAGAUGCUGGAGCACGAGCGGUACGAGACGGCUGCCCUGGUGGACCGACAGUCCAGCGAAAUGCUGGAGCUGAUCAGCGCCCGUCGGUCAGAGUACAUGCAGAGCGAAAGCAUCUUCCUGGACGAUGAGUUCAGCGAGGGCGCCGUGCCCAUUGAGUAUCCUCUGAAUGCCCCAGUGCCGGCUCCACCAGCGGUCAGCAAGUUCCAGAUCUACACCGAUCCCGUUGAGUUCGAGGACGUCGAUCGCAUCGCCAUUUCGGUGGCCCAGGAGGAUCAGAAGACCUUUACGGACCUCGUCCGCCAGCUGGUCGGGCGUUGCACCACGGACAUCGAGAAGGCCCGCACCAUCUUCCGCUGGAUUACGGUCAAGAACCUCAACGCCAUGCACUUCGACGACGAUCUGCGCGGCGACACGCCCAUGGGUCUGCUGCGAGGCAUCAAGUACGGCACGGAGAGCUACCACGUGCUCUUCAAGCGCCUCUGCAGCUACGCCGGGCUGCACUGUGUGGUCAUCAAGGGCUACUCGAAGAGCGCCGGAUACCAGCCGGGAGUUAAGUUCCAGGACUCGCGAUUCCGCAACUCCUGGAACGCGGUCUACGUUGCUGGCGCCUGGCGCUUCGUCCAGUGCAACUGGGGUGCCCGGCAUCUGGUCAACGCCAAGGAGGCGCCCAAACAGGGGCGCGGCAAGAACGAUAGUCUACGCUACGAGUAUGAUGAUCACUACUUCCUCACGGAUCCGAGGGAGUUCAUAUACGAGUUCUAUCCCCUGCAGGAGGAGUGGCAACUUCUGAAGCGCCCCAUUACGCUGCGGGAAUUCGAGAACCUGCCCUUCGUCCGGUCACUCUUCUUCCGUUACGGACUGCACUUUGCGGACGAGGGCUAUGGAGCUGUGGUGUUCACCGACGACACUGGAGCGGCCACAGUGCGCAUCGCGAUGCCCACGGACAUGCAGAGCUGCCUGAUCUUCCACUACAACCUCAAGUUCUACGACAGUGACGAGGAGCUGUCCUACGACGGAGUAUCCCUCAAGAGAUUCGUGAUGCAGUCGGUGAUCGGCAACAUUGUGGCCUUCCGAGUCCAUGCCCCAUGCUCUGGCGCCUUUUUGUUGGACAUCUUUGCCAAUGCGGUCACUCCGCAAGAGUACCUCACCGGGGAACCCAUGAAGUUCAAAUCGGUGUGCAAAUUCAAGAUUUGCUGCGAGGAGCUGCAGACGGUGAUGGUGCCACUGCCGGACUGCGCCAGCGGCGAGUGGGGGCCCACGAAGGCCACCCGCCUAUUCGGACUCAUCCCCAUCACGCAUCAGGACCCGCUUAUCUUCGCCGGACGCAGCCUGGACCUCCAGUUCCGCAUGUCGCGCCCCCUCACAGAUUUUAUGGCCACGCUCCACAAGAACGGCAUCGAGGAGAAGAAGCUGGCCAAGUAUGUGACUCACAGCACGCUGGACGACAUUGUCACGUUCAUCAUUAACUUCCCCGAGGAGGGUCAGUACGGCCUGGACAUAUACACGCGCGAAUUGGGCGCCCCCCAGCACCAUCAUCACCACCACAACAACAAUAACAACUCCUCAUCCUCCUCCGGCGAGAAGCAUUUGUUGACGCACUGUUGUAAAUAUUUAAUCAACUCGUCCAAGCGGAAUUGAGAGUCGGUUGAGCGGGAUGUCGGGAUGCCGGGAUGGAAGUUGUCUCCGGGAAGGACAAGCGAGGACGGCGCUGGUCUGGAGGCAUUCUAAGCAAACACAAGCACAAACAAAUUGCAAUAUUAAUUAUAGUCUACGUAUAUGCGCCCGCC